AUGAGCGCUCUUCCGCUGCCUUCGCCGCCUGUUACUGCGUCUACCACGACAUCCAUCUCCACGUCCACCACCUCAUCUUCUUCUUCCGUCUCUUCUUUGCAAGAAACCUUUGUUUCUACUACUUCCAGUCCCUCCUCUUUGCCAUACAAAGAGUCUAAAAAAGUCGACGAUGUGGUCGGACAAGAAUUGAUUCAAUGGCUGGACAAAAACGGCGCGGAUUCCAAGAAAUUGACAUUGCAAGAAUAUGCACCGGAAGUUCGUGGUGUUCAUAGCUGUAAAGUCCUUGUACCAGGGGAACGUAUUCUUGUUGUCCCGAAGAAGUGUCUCAUUACGGUCGAAAUGGGUAAAAAGACGGACAUUGGACGGAAAUUAUUGGCUCGGAACGUGAAUUUUGUCGCCCCCAAGCACAUUUAUCUCAUGAUGUUUCUGUUGACUGACAUGGAACAUGUGGAAACGUCCUUUUUUCGGAAUUAUUACAGUACAUUACCUUUAACAUUGAGUAAUAUGCCCAUUUUUUGGUCUGAAGAGGAACUACAGUGGCUAAAAGGGUCCUAUAUUAUUCAGCAAAUUCAAGAAAGAAAAGCGGCAAUUCGAAAGGAUUAUGACGUUAUUUGUCGAGUCGAUCCGUCGUUCACGAGAUUCACAUUGGAUCGCUUUAGCUGGGCACGGAUGAUUGUCUGUAGUCGCAAUUUUGGCUUGACAAUUGAUGGUGUCAAGACAGCAGCACUUGUGCCUUUUGCAGACAUGCUGAACCAUUAUCGGCCACGUGAAACGAGCUGGACUUUUGAUCAGAGCAUUGAUGCGUUUACCAUUACGUCCCUCGGGACGAUUGGUGCCGGUGCACAAGUGUACGACUCGUACGGGAAGAAAUGCAAUCAUCGCUUUUUACUCAACUACGGCUUUGCAGUCGAGGACAAUACGGAGGAAGACGGACGUAAUCCAAACGAAGUGCUCAUUGAUUUCCAGUUACAGCCAGGAGAUGGACAGCUUUUUUAUGACAAACGAGCAUACCUCCACGAGAGCGGCAUCUUUACGAUGGACGCACGUCUUAGUUGCUCGCACUCAGAUACCAAUACGCGCGAAGGAUUUAGUUUUGCUCGUUUGAUUGUUGCUACUGAGGAGGAGUUUUCCUCGAUGAAGAUGAAGAGCCCGGCGCACUCGUCGCCACCUAUUUCCUUUGACAAUGAGAUUCGUGCGCUCCAGUACUUACGCAACCUCAUGACCCAUCAACUUAGUCUAUACGACACUACCAUUGAAGAGGACAAUGAACUUCUGGCCUCAAAGAAGUACCCGCUGUUCUCCAACCGUAUUCAAGCUCUAUUCUUUAUUCGGGGCGAGAAGCAAGUGUGCCGAUAUUUCCAGAAGCUAGCAGAUAAGGUCAUCCCGCUAUUCAGCCUGCCGUUGACCGAGUGUCGUGAAGAGUUGCAGCGUAGCUUUGAUGGUGACGGCGAUGCCGACCGCUAUGCGCAAGAUGUGAUUGCCUAUUUAGUCACGCAAGUUUACAACGAAAGCUAA